UGGCGCGAUGACAUUGUUAGAUCUGUCGUUGAAUUUUUAUUUAUUUUGAUGCUUAAACGUGAAUGAAUAAAGUACAAGUGAGGUGAAUUUAUGAACCAUAAUGAUUUCAUCAAUAUUAUCUAGACUGGUCAUAUUGCUAAUAGGAACCCUAUAUCCUGCUUAUGCUUCAUAUAAGGCUGUGAGGACGAAGAACGUCAGAGAAUACGUAAAAUGGAUGAUGUACUGGAUAGUUUUUGCUCUUUUUACUUGCGUAGAAACAUUUACAGACGUCUUUUUCAGUUGGUUUCCAUUUUAUUAUGAAGUAAAAAUUAUUCUAGUCAUCUGGCUUUUGUCUCCAGCUACAAAAGGAUCCAGUAUUUUAUAUAGGAAAUUUGUACAUCCUACACUCAGUUCUAGAGAACAGGAAAUUGAUGAAUACAUUAGUAAAGCUAAAGAACAAAGUUACAAGCAAGUUUUAGAUAUUGGAUCGAAAGGAGUUUCCGCUCUUAUGCAAACCGCCAUUAAGUCAAUGACACAAUUACCCGCAAACCUAGCAUUCCCCUCCCUUGAUCCCCCACAAUCAUCACACAGUAGAGACCAAGUAGACUCUGAAAAACACCUCAAAGCAAGUGAUGAUCUCGAAGACUACGAAUUUUCUGAAGAGGAAUACGUGGAGGAGAAGCCUUCGAAAAAGGGCAAAGAGAAGAAGAAGUCAUCGAAGACCAAGACAAAUAUCCCAACAAGAAAAAGCGCCAGAAAAAAUAAGGAAGUUAAGACUGAUGAGGAUUUUCUGGAAUUCAGAGGUCUUGUUAACCAAUUACGAAAAAGUUAUAGUCUUAGCGAUCUAAGCGAUCCCGCCCACGACGACGUACAUGACGAAGCCGACACCAUUACCGAACCCCACGUUACUAGGCGUAGACGUAGUCCACACAGGUCUUCUUCCACUUCCGUCGUUUACUUUUCGGAAGUUGACGUAAGACCUGACCGAGUAGCUGCUGUUCAGUCUGCGGAAGACAUUUCAUCAUCAGGGUAUUCCAGCGGUGAAGGACUACCUCUUAAAGUAGCUGCACGAGAGGGUCUGCAACGAACUGGCUCUCUCACUAGAUCUCGAUCCACUAGAGUUACCAGGUCUACCGUUCCUAAGAAAAGUGGUGCUAGUGAUGAGAGUGACGAGAAUGAAGAAUUCGACACCAAUGUUGUAUUCCACAAAGAGACCAAAGGAUUGCCCAAACUUGACGAAAAAACAGAUUCUUCAAGUGAGAAUGAGUUUUUGGACUCCUUAGACGUUGUGCAUGACAAUGUAGAUGAUGGUCUAAAUAAUCUAAAUAUAAACAGUAAGAAUACUCAGAUAAUAACUGCAUGUGAAGAAAAUGUAAACAUCAAUAAAAUUGAGCUAUCCAAAAAUGUUUCUUUAGAAUGUCUUUCUUCCAAUGAAAAUGAUUUGAACAUAGAGAAUAACCCGGACAUUUUACAGAUCACGAAAGAUGUUGGGAGCUUCUCUGCGUUUUUAAAAAAUUUAAUAGAAACUAAAAACGAUAGCGAAAAUAUUGACAAAGACAAAAUUGAGAAUACUAACAUAAAUUUGGAUAAAAGCGAUAGAGAGAUAUUAAAACCUACAACCGAAAAACUUUUAGAACAAGUUCUAGUAUCCAAUCCUGGUUCAAGAGGUGGCAAAUACAACAAAAAGCACGCACCUCUACCUCCACCCUCUGCUACGCACCCUAUAAAACCAGCCAACAAUUCCUUAGAUUCAGAAAACACCUCACUACACGAUUCGACACCAUCGAUAAAAGCUACGUUGGUGCUUAAGCCUGGAUUAGUCAGAUCUGUUGGUUCAGCAGAAUCAAUUUGUAAGGAAGUUUUUUUGCAACCACCUAAACCUAAACGAACACUUUUAAAUCGAUCACGAACUUCGCUUUCUUCAACUUCUUCUUGUUCGUCUAAAAGCAAAUCUUCCUUUUCUAAACUAAUCAAAUUUCCGAAGAAGAUUGGAUUUUGGAAUAAAGACAAUGAUGCGGAAAAAAGAUCAUCUUGGCAUAGCUACAUGAGUCAAGAUUAUUUGAAACCUCUGUCUAAUUCCAAACUGCAAUCAAAAAGUGAUAACGACCUACUCAGAACACACGUGAAUGUCACGCCUCCGCAUGCUGAUGUAAGUCUUACUAAAACUGGUAGCCAACUGUCCUUGAGAACUUUAAGCGAAUCACCUUUGGCUUCUCGAAGAAUCAAAAUUAUUAGAAGAUACGUUGAUGAAGAUAUCGACUGA